UGCUGUCCUCCUCAGUAUAUAGACCGUCUGAAUGACAUGAUAGCUGCUCCUCCUCCCACCCCUCCCCUGCUGGUGUCAGGUGGUCCGGGCUCAGGAAAGUCACUCCUGCUCUCCAAAUGGAUCGCGCAGCAGCAGAAGCAGUCUCCCAACACCUUGUUCCUUUAUCAUUUCGUCGGUCGCCCGCUUUCCACCAGCUCAGAGCCGGUGCUCAUCAUCAAACGCCUCACGGUCAAACUGCUGCAGCACUUCUGGUCCAUAUCCGGUCUGUCCAUGGAGCCCAGUAAGAUCUUAGAGGAGUUUCCCCGCUGGCUGGAACGAUUAUCAGCACGCCAUCAAGGAAACAUCAUCAUCAUCAUCGACUCCAUCGACCAAAUACAGCAAGCAGAGAGACACAUGAAGUGGCUGAUUGACCCUCUUCCUGUCAAUGUGAGAGUGGUGGUGUCUGUCAAUGUAGAGACGUGUCCUCAAGCGUGGAG